AUGACAAAAAUAGAAGAAAAGAAAAGAAAGGCCAUGAAGUUCAAUGACCUCUGCUUCAAAUUCCAAACUCUGCUCGUAGUCUCUAUCUUUAUUCUCCCACCAUCUCUGGGGAAGGGAGAUGAUUGUGUGUACACAGUGUAUAUAAGAACAGGGGACGUCUUGGGGGCCAGCACGGACGCCAAAAUCGGCUUGGCGCUCUUCGACGGCAACGGCACGACGGUGGAGAUGCGGGAUUUGGAGGCGUGGGGCGGGCUGAUGGGCCAAAACCACGACUACUUCGAGCGCGGCAACCUCGACAUCUUCAGCGGGAGAGGGGAUUGCCUCAACGGGCCGGCUUGCAAGAUGAGCCUGACGUCGGACGGCUCCGGCCUGCUUCCAGGUUGGUAUUGUAGCCACUUAGAGGUGACUACCACAGGGAAGAACAUCAACUGCUCCAAAAUGUUUUUCGAGGCGGAAGACUGGGUGGGCCCCCCUCGUUCCUCCUUCUCCCUCACAAAGGACUACUGCAAGCAGGACACUGAGCGUGAGCUCGGCCAUGGGGCCCGUGAUCUUGAUCUUGAUCCUGAUGAAGGACCAGUUAUGAACUCGUCUUCUUCUCCUGGAAUGUAACGGAAAAGUACUUAUUUAAGUGGUCUCAGACAA